AUGGUUGAAACCAUCAAGCUGGCUCAUAUGCCGCCCGAAUUGGCUCUCUACAUUGCCAUGUACACAGAUGUGCAAAAUACACCCUUCCUCAAGGAACAGCUGCUGGCAGGCAACUCCGACUUUGAAUACGCCUUUAUUGAUGCGAGAAUGGUUGUCUCCACCAACCAUGUGCUUGCUGCCGCGUUCCGCGCUAUAAACGACUACUUCAAUGAUAGACUCAAGUCACGGAACAUCCACUCGGAAAUUAUUGGUGAGGCAUUUCGUAGAUUUGGGGUCAGCGAAUCUACGAGGGAUUUACUCGUCUUGAAGGUAGCUACAACCCCAGAAGUGACACUUGAUAGUGUCUCUCAACAUCUAUCGACGCACAUCCAAGGCCAAGAGAGUGCCUUUGACGACGCCAGCUUCCGCAAAGUUGCGGACAAGGACAGAGUCAGAAAAGUUUAUAAACUCAAUUCUGCAACCUCUGGUGGUGGCUCAGGUAAGGCCGUCAAUGGCAUCUCUGGUGCGAGCAGCAGUGAGCCCAUCGACGAGGUGAAAACCCUCGAGGCCCAGAUUCUCGGCCUCAUGGCUCUUCGAGGCGCUACAUGA